AAUGUUGCAUGAAAGAUAGUUUUCAAUUCAUACCUUAGGGUACUUUGUAUAUAAAAUGGAUAAUUGUAAAUUAUUAUCUUUGAUUAUAAUUAUUUUCAUCUGUGCGAUACCGCUGGAAAAAGGGAACAUGAUGAAGAAUGAAGUGACACCAGCACCUCCAACUGAUCUGUCUGAGCUGUUCGGACAAAAGGAGGAAUCGUAUGAUUUAAUAUCUCCAAUAAAAGUUGUAACUGCAGAUAAUAUAGAACCAUCAAAUGAAAAAAAUGACAAAAAAACUGUUGAGGAAACAAAUAAGGAAGAACAAGAUUCUGUUAAAAUUAUAAAUAAAAGUAAAUUGAUGAUUAGUCAACCCAUUUGUCGGUAUAAUAUCUCGGAAAUUUUUUUUGGAACAUCUGUAACACCGAUUGAGGCGCAACCAAGUGUGGAAGUGACAACUGUUCCAAAUAUUGUUGAGACAGAAGAGAUUGCGAAACUUGCAGAUCAAGGUGAAACCGUAAAAAAUGUACCGGCGGAUGAAAAAUCAAUCGUUCAUGACACAAACAUGACUGAUCAUCCCACCAAAAAGACAGAUGAUAAUGAGGAAGAUAUGAAACUAGAAGUCGAUAAUAUGCAUUCUUUUGAAGAAUGGAAAAAUCUAAAAUUACAAGAACAAGAAUCUAAUAAAGCUUAUGAGGAACCAUCUCAAGUUCAUAAUAUAAGAGCUAAAAAAACUCAAGUUAAUUAUGCUUCCCAGGACUGUGGUGCUAAAGUUUUGGCACAUAAUGAAGAAGCUAAGCAUACCUCUGCGAUUCUCGAUGAAAAUAGAGAUUUGUAUAUGCUGAACCCUUGCUCGACAAAUAUCUGGUUUGUUAUAGAGCUAUGUGAACCAAUCCAAGUUGAGCAGUUACAACUGGGAAACCUUGAACUAUUUUCAUCAGCACCGAAAGAAUUCACUGUGUCUGUAAGUGAACGUUAUCCUGCUAGGGAAUGGCACACAGUAGGCACGUUUCAUGCCACAAAUGAAAGGAUCUUGCAAACUUUUAUACCAGAAGUAAAAGGCCAAAUGUUUGCAAAAUAUAUUAAAUUUGACAUGUCCAGUCAUUUUUCAAAUGAGCAUUUCUGUCCUUUAACUCUGGUACGAGUUCUCGGCGUUUCAAUGGUGGAUGAGUUUGAUGAUGCUGAACACACAGUAAGCAAAGAAGAUAUUCAGGAUACCGGUCUUAAAGAAAAUUCACAAGCUAGUGAAGAAAAUAGUGGUCCAAUUAAUACAGUAUUCAAUAUGGUUAAAACGGCUGUCGAUCAUGUCUUGAAUAAUGCUGCUGAGAGUGAAACUAAUGAUCAAAUCAAGUCUAACAACAGUGAAAAACACACGGACGCUAAUGAUACAGAUAACAUUGAUCCAUCUGUCGAAUCAGAGGUGGUACUGGUUACAAACGAUACCGAAAUAGCUGCUCCUAAAGAUAAUGGGACCCAGAGUUUUAUCACUCUCAUAGAAACAGGAAACGGCAAAGAGAUUUCAGAUUACAUAAAGAAUAAUAUUCAGACGUGUGCUGCAAGAAAAAUCCCAUUGUAUGUACCAAAAUUCAUACGUUAUAUGGCACCCAUUACUCAAAAACUCAAUGCCAAUGUGUGCUGGUUUUUGGAAUUUUUUUGUAAAGUUUCUCUUACAAGCUGCCUUAUUCAUUAUCCCUAUAACUACAGUGCUAUUGGACUUUUCGUUCCUCUCUCCGGGCUUGGUAAAUACUUUUCCGUUGAGCAAAAUAGUUCAUCAGACCCCACAGAAACAGAUAAAGGACAUGACAACAUCACUAUCUCUCCUCCAGAAACUUCCAAAGAAAACAUUGAGCCCAAUGUUGAUAUAAAAUCGAACACAGUCGAGGAUGGUAAAUAUGAAGAUAUUUCUAUAUCAAAUCCAGAAAAUAUCAAAAAUAAUAAUAACCCAACCGAAGUAGAUGACAAGACAACCGGUGACACUAAAACGCAAAAUGGUGUGGUUUUGCUAUCAGAUUCAAGUAAGAAAAAUCAAGAUGCUCUUGAUAAUAAUGAAAAACAUAAUAAUUUGGACUCUGUGUCAGAUGAUGAGAAUAUUAAAAAUAAAAAUGAUGAAAUUGCUGAAACGCAACAGACGAUACUUAAUCCUGAACCAAUCGAUCGCGUUAAUAGGCCUGAAGUUGACACAGUGGUGGAAGUGCCCACUCAAGGACGUGAUCAUACACCAGCCAACAUUGUUGACACUGCGGUAAAUCAUAACAUUGUGAAUACAAAACAGCCAAUAGAAGAUGUACAAAUCUCAUCUGAAAACAGUACUGCAUUAAAUAAGGCCACAAAUGUUGUUGAUAACAAAACUAAGAGUGCAAUUCAAAAUGCAUCCAAUAUUAAUCAAUCUGUGCAACAUCCUGUUGUAAUUAAUCCUGGAACAAAUCAAAAAGAUUCAGUUUUCAUGAGAUUAAGCAAUCGAAUUAGGAUUCUGGAACAAAACAUGUCAUUAAGCAGUGCUUAUUUGGAAACCUUGAGCCGAAGUUAUAAGAAACAGAUGGAUGAGAUGCAGCGAGCCUUUAAUCAAACAACUUCAAAGCUGCUUUCCACAGGACGUACCGCAAAUGAAAAUGAUGCAAGACAAACUGAACUUAUUCACCAGGCACAAGAAGAAAUAAAAAUGCUUACUCAACAGUUAAGAAAUUUGUCAGUAACUCAUGAUCAACUUAACAUGCAACUAGUUGAGCGGCAUGUAUGCCUCAUCAUACUUGAAAUCAUGGUUUUUGUGGCAGUGCUUGUCACAUGCCUUGGUCGUAAAAUUUCUCGUCUGAGUGAAGACGUACAACGUGCUGAGGACAUGAUUGAAGACCUGCAACACCUUAUUGCGGAUAUAAGGCAUGGUCGAAACCAUACCUCAGUCAAACCAAAUGGCCACUGUGCUUCAGUUGCAUUCCAAUCCUCUGAUGACCGUCCACCACCAAGUGCUGCUCCUAUUACUCAAGUUUCUAAAAAUCAAAAUAUACAUCACAAGGGUCAUGUAAAUUCGAACAAAGAAAUGAGACGUAAAAAUCGCACAAAAAUCAUUAUGAACCAUGAUGCAGCGCGGCCUAACAAACAGACUCAUCGCGCCAGUGCUGCCCUUGCAUAUGUUGAAGAUUUGGGAAGCAAGGUCGAGGUUGCUGCUAAUAGUAGAAAAAAAAUGGGAACUUGGGAUACUCCCCCUAAUCCCAUUGGCUUAAAAAUUCCCAAUGGGCACACAAAAGGAAGAAAAUAAUAUAUUUAUUAUUAAGGAUGAUAAGAACUAUAUAUAAUAUAAUAUUAGUUUUAUUUUAAUACGCUAUAAAUGAAUAUGUGCACCCACUUAGGAUGUCCAAUCAAAUUUAUUGUGCAUCAGUAAUUAAAAGUGCAAUUCAAGAAUACUAUUGAUUAAAGUUUUCAUAUCAGUUAAACUAGGUUUUUGACUAUAAAAUAAUUAUAUUUGCCAAUUAAUUCGACAAUUUUUACACUCAAGUAUCAUGGAAUAGAGUUUUAGAGAAUUCUAUGUUUAAUAGUCAUCGACAUUCCUAGUUAGAAAUAACUAAAUUUUCUAGGACUAAAAUACUGGAAACCGUUAUUUAUUGAACUAUAUACUGUGCCUUAUUAAAAACCUAAGAAGAAAUUUCUCAAGGUUUCAUGUUAUGUAUAUGCUGCUUCUUUAUUUUCAAGUUUCACUAAUAUUGUAUUUUAAACAUCGCUUGGUGCUCAUUAACAUGACUUGUUGUUGGCCUAAAAGUAUUUCAAAACUCGAUGACCAACAUAGCUUUUCUUCUUCUGUCUUCAUUACAAAUUUUAUCAUUUUUUCCCUUUGAACUUUAAUGUGUUUUGUAUAUAAGGAAUGUAUGCGAAAGCAUUUAUGUUCUCUAUUAACUUUAUUCACUCCAUUGUACCAGAAGUGUUUUUCAGGGACACCUUAGGAAUUCUUCAAAGUUUUUUUUAUUCUUAACAAUCCUGAUGUUAAAAAGUUUAAUACAGUUUCUGAGGCUAAUUAUGGAUUGCCUAGUUACAAAUUUUCUUAGAAUUUGGCACCGUGGAACAAUCAAAUCACUCUUUAUGUAUGUUGGGGAAAUGUCUCUUCUUCGAUGGUCAUACCCAUUUCAUUUCUUACACCAUUGUUCCAUCUUUUGUUACUUUUGUGUUUAAGCUUACUGUAUAAAAUAUAUAAUAUGUUUAUUUUUGUUGGUGGUACGUCCUUUUAGAAUGUCAUUCGUCCAGUUAUGUUUAAUGAUAAUACCCUCGAUAUAUCACGCCAAUAUAUUAUUAUUAUUUUGUUUCAUUUGGUUUUAGAAUGUUUUUUGUGUAUUUUUUGUUUCGUUGCAAAUUAGAUUUUAUUUAGUGUAUUUUACAAAUACUCACUUGCGUACAGUGCACAGUACA